AGCCUGAAAACCUGUUCUGUUACUUAGAUGAGGAGCAAAUGUGGCUUGGAGCGGGUGAGAGACUCCGGAGAAUCCAGACCAAGGAGGUCGAGGCCGGAGCCCAAAUGACCCGGGCGAGGAAAAAGGUCUGUCAAUCCGGGAAAAGUCAUAAAAGGCGCCACUUUGCCGGCUAAAAUCUGGCAAACGACAACGGGGAAAAUCUCCCGGGCGCAAACGACGGCGACUCACAGGAAAACCAAGCACAAAACCUGAGCAAGACGGUUUGCUUUGCCAAAGCACCUUUGGAGGAGGCAAGCUCCCCGCCGUUGAAAAGGGCAGCACGAAGUGUCCCGAAGGUGGGGGGCGAUUAAUUCUUUACUCCCGGAGGAGGGAAGAAAGUGGGGGGAAAGAGAAAUUACACGUUGGCGGAAGAAGAGCACAUUCUUUACUCUGCACACCCCGAAAGAAAAGUUUUCUCCUGCGGGCACGGAAGCCUUCCUCCUCCUCCUCCUCCCCUCCUCGGCCACCUGGGCUCCGGCGUCGCUUUCGGCGUCUGCCCCGAAAGCGGAGGCUGCGGCCGAGGCUUGUGCGCGCUCCCGGGGAGGACGCAGGCAUUUGUGGCCCGAGGGCUGACGCGCGCGCCCUCUCCCCGGCUGUCGGUUUGCCCCCGGGCAGGACUGCACUGGAGAAGGGAGCGAAGAGACGGACGAUGAAGAGAAGCGACCGGCGGAGUUUAUUGUUGGCCGGCUGUCCCGAGUAGCCGGUAGCUUCUUGGGUCUGCCUUCUUCAUUGCGUCCAGUUUGCUUAGAAGCAGUAAUGGCAACAGAAUGCAUUAAGAAUUGUUGUAGAGGAUGUUUAUAUGGUAAUAAAGAAAAACACGAUGCAUCUCUGGAGAAACAGUCUACAGUUACUGACAAGUAUACAUCAAAAGUAGUGAAGAAACCUCCUUUGUCUUCUGUGUCCAUGAAAAGACAGGUUGGCUGUUCAGAAGAUUAUCUUCUCUCUAAGUUCCCACCAGAUGGCAAAGAAAUACCCUUUGUAGUUCCUCAGUUCAAACUUGCUUACAUCCAGCCUCGGAACCUUGGUAAUCCACAUCUUGGGGGACUGCAAGGUUCGGUGGUAACAUCUUUCAAUGAUCGGAAAGCAGAACUUUCCAAUAUAUACCAUCAAAGACCUCCUGCUGAUUGUGUGUAUAACCCAUUCUAUAUGCAACUGCCACCUCUUUCUCCAGAUAUCAGUCAAGGCCACACAGAAAAAAUGGUGAACAAGAGAUUAUAUGGGUCAGUAUGUGACUUAAGAAGUAGCACAUUGCCUUGCUCUUCCUCUUUAAGUCAAUCUAUGUUUGAUCUUACAAGCCCACCCCACCGAUUUAUUCAGAAGAGAUAUGAUUCCGCCUCCAGUACACUAAGCAGCAUCUCCUCCAGAAAGAAUUCACAAGGUAGUAACAGGAGUUUAGAUACAAUUACAUUAUCAGGUGAUGAAAGAGAAUUUGGCAGGCUGAACGUGAAGGUGUGCUACCUUUUUCCUGUGGAACAGAUAUGGAUCACCAUCUUGAAAUGCAAAGAUUUGAACUGGUCAUCUACUUGUGAAGAACACCCUCAAAUUUCCAUCAAAGGAAUCCUCACCCUACACAAACCAGUGCAGUUCAGAUGUUUAGCAAAAGAAGCUUCCAAUGACAUCCAGUUCAUGGAAACCUUUGUGUUUGCUAUUAAACUGCAACUUCUCCAGACUGCAAGACUUGUGUUCAAAGUACAAUCCCUGAUUCCCAAGAAAAAAACUAUAGGAGAAUGUAUUUUAUCCCUGCGUGAUCUCAGUUCACAGGAAAUGGAUUAUUGGCUGAUGAUAACACCUCCUUCCAAAGCUUCAGUGUGUUCUGCAGAAUUGAAAAUAGGCACCUGUUUUCAAGCAGUAAACAGCCGGAUCCAGUUGCAAAUCCUGGAAGCUCAGAACCUUCCAAGUUCAUCCACACCAUUGUCUUCAAAUUUUUUUGUAAAGAUUGUGAUGCUCAGCACUGAAGGAUUGGUUGAUAAGAAAAAAACUCGUCUGCUGAAAUCUACUAACAGUCAAGUAAAAUGGGGAGAAACCCUGAUGUUUCCUGUGAGCCAGAAUGAACAUGGAAUAAACUUUCUCAUCAAACUCUACAGUAGAAGCUCAGUGAGAAGAAAACAUUUCCUGGGACAGGUUUGGUUAAGCAGUGACAGCAACAGUGCAGAAGCUGCUGAUCAAUGGAUGGACACAAUUGCUAAUCCAGAGAAGGUUGUGGUUAAAUGGCAUAAUAUCAUUCCAGCAUGAUACUGCUUUGAACAGUCCUUUUGGUACUGAUUUGGACUUGAGCCCAGAGACUUUUGCACUUAUUUAAAAUUACCAGCCAUCAGACAACAAAGAGACAGAAAAGAGAUAUCUAUAUGGAUGCAUACAAUAACAUCUGCCCAAGAAAAUCACAGAGGAAGCAAUAGAAUUGAAAAAGGAAGUUGGAAAUCCUAGCAAAGUACAUGAAAAUUCAAAAGCCAUGUUGAAAAAAUAAUGGCUUGAUUAUUAAUUGACUGUUAUUCUAUAAGGCUUACAUGUAAAACAUUUUAAUAUUUAUAUUUUAAAAAAAUAUUUUUAAAUUAAUUUAAUUUUAAAUUAAUUUCAAAACUUUGUAUAAAUUUUCAUGAAAAAUACCAGUGAAGGACUAUCCUUCAAGAAGAUUUCGCUCCAUGACAACCAUGUUCCAACUAUUGUUUUGCUUCUAAAAGUAUUCUGUGAACACUUUAUUAUUUCCACCAACAUGUUGAACAAGUGAGUAAGGUAGGCAGGGAGGUAGAAAUAAUACUUUACCAUUUAAAUUGAAAUAAACAUUUCAAGGAAAUUUUUAAGAAUAAUUGUUGUGUUGGAUAGUAAAUUUGAGACAUGGGCAGGUAACAAUUCUUUUGUUAAUGAAUUCGAUUUUACAGUUCUUCAGCAUAAAAUUUGCUUUACUGUUUUGAAUAGAGAUAGAUUAAUAAGAAGUAUUCCAAUUAUGAAAUUCAGUAGAAUCUGAUAUCAUAUUUAAAACUAACAGGGACCCAGUAUUCUGUGUUUUAGGAAAGCUGAAUUCAUCAGUCCUUAUAAAAUGAAAAAAACAACAAAAUAUGUAAUCAUGAUUCUAACCAAUUAUUUUAAAAAAUACGUACCUUCCCACCCUUCAGUAUUUUAAAAUAAUAAAUAAAGGCUAAUAGAGCUUAUAUGUUAAACAAGUCCAUGGAUAACUAAACUGGCACCACUUAUACAGUUUUGUAGAGUGCCCAGAUGCCAAAAUCUGAACCAUGUGAGACCAAUGGCCAUAAUCAAGCAGGUACCCUGAUUAUUUUAAUAGAGAUAAAGCAUUUUAAGGCACAAGGAUCUGCAUUUACUGCAUGCAAUGCAGUAUCUUGACAACUGAGAUGUUUGGCAAAAGGUUUGAUGGUUGAAAUAGGCACUGUGCAGCCAUUGGGAAAAACAGAUCAGUAACAUCUGAAAAACCUUCAUGGGGAUUUGAAAUGCAUGAUUUAACUUGAAUGCCUUUGUUGCCUCUUUCAUUAGAGUAUCAGUUCACACUGAGCUUUCAAUAAAUAGGAUUCAGUUUGCCUCAAAGCUGUUGCCAUAUGAACCUGGAAGGGGACAUUUAACAUCAGCCCUCAUGCUGAUGUAAUCUCAGGAGUAUUUGUCCUAUGAUGCCCAAGAAGGGCAUGAAACAAUUCAGCCAGAGUUCAGUUCUUUAUUUGUUUUCACAUCGCAGACAGAUUCUUGCCAGAAUAAACCCUUACUAGUUCCAGCUUUAUGGAUGCACCCUGAGAGGUUCUAAGGAGUAACCAUCCUUACUUUCUUCCUCUGUCUCCUCUCCAGCACCAAGAUGUGCUGCCUCAUGUCUCCCAUCUCUUUCUGGAAUAUGCUCCUUCCUUCGUGAGAGACUGCCACUUCAUUAUAGUCCAUCACACCAACUCCCCCUCCAUGGGAACCAUUUCCCAAACUACCAUUCCUAUUUCUCAUAACAUCAAAAGUACACAGGAUGCAUAUAUGCAAUGAUCAGAAAUGAAACCAUACAUAUUUCCAGCAAAUUGAUAUUUUUAUAGAUCAUUAAACUUCAGAAAUUCUAUUCUCUGCAGUCUCUGCUGAAAACAUUAAGAAUUGCUACAGGCAGUAUUACACUAUUUUAAAAUGCACUGGUUUCAAAAACAACAAAGGCUGGUAUCUGAAUUCUGUUUUGGUCAGAUUUUGUUGGUGUCGGUGAUGCAUAAAAUAGAGAGUGUCCUAAGUGCACAAUGAACUAUGAAUCAGAAAGUAUAGUUUGAGAGCAAUUAGCUGGAAGAAUCCAGAUUUUCAUGAGGAAGGAGGGGAAAAAAGGCAUGGGUAGAAAAGGUAGUAUUAACUACAAAAUGAUAGCAUAGAGAACCACAGUUCAGGACAGAUGGGAAGAAUGCAUUAAGGAAAAAAUGAUCAAACUAAAAGCCAUACUAAGAAAAUCAAAUGAAAAGAAUAACAGGAACAUAAAACUGGAGAAGACCUAGAACCGUACUUACUCCAAAACAAUGAAAUCUGGAAUAAUUCAGAAAAAAAUGUCUCUGUAUCCUCAAAAAUUAUAAUUAGGUAGCAAAUUAUUAUUUUGUUAUGCAAGCUGUCCUUGCUUAACCAGUCAUUGAGCAACCAUUUGAAGGUACAACAGACUUCCCAAAUGAUAUUUACGAUCCAAUUUCACCCCUAUAUGGUCGUGUGAUCUCAUUUUGGACACUUGACAACCAGCUUGCAUUUACAGCUAUUUGCAAUAUCCAAAGGUCGUAUGAUUGCCAUUUUUGCCAUUUUUGAGUAUUUGUUUCUGACCAAAAUUGGAUGAACAGGUUCACUUAAUGCCCACCACAUUCACUUAAUGAUCACCAUGUUUGCUUAAUUACUGCUACAAAAAUCAGGCAUGGUCACCUGGUGACCUACUUAACGGCAAUGGUUUAUGAUUUUAUGAACUUUUUUGUGGCAGCUGUUAAGCAGACAGUAAUUCUGUGCUCAAUUAUGGUCGUACAUUGAGGACUACCUAUAUGAAUUAAAUGCUAAGUUAGUUGGAUUUAAAUCUGGGGGAGCAAAGGAAAUAGUGGUAAGAUGUAGCAGCUAGUCUUUCUGAAGAGCAUUGGUCCCAGCAAAUAAAAAGCAAAUAGAAAAUGUGGCUUGCAAUGCAUUCAAUAUUGUCAUUGUACAGUUGAAAAAAAUGGAUUGGUUAGAAGUUGCAUUAAAAAUUUAAAUCCAAAUUUAAAUAUCCUGCAGUUCUUUGGUUAAGACUUUUAUUAUCAAUGUACUUUAUGUGCAUCCAAUUCAUAGUAAAAGUCGUAUUAGUCUGUCACUGUGAAAAAUUUUUUUUUUAAUCUACUGUAUUGCAAAGUAAGCAGUAAAAAGAAUAAUAGCGUCUUUUUAAAGCAAAUAAUCACUGAAAUUAGAACAAUGAAAUAAUGAGCAGAGCUGCUUUAACAGUCUUGGUACAGUAUUUUAUUUCCUCUCUUUCUUCUUUUUCAUAAACAUUGUACAUGUUGUCUAGUAGGAUAAAUGGAGAUUUUAUGAGGGCUUCAUGCAAUAACAAUACUCCUAGGGAGCUCACAUUCAAAUAUCAGAAUAUAUAGAAUUUUUACUGAAUUUAUAGUACUGUAAUACACAAAUGACCAGAUGUUUUAUUAUAAAUGUAUAUCUUAAUGCAUAUUUUUAUGAAUGUAUACAGUAUGUAUGGGUGUGUUGAUGCCCCCCAGAGUCACCCUGUGUGAGUUGGGCAGUCAUAUAGAUAUGUUUAA